ACGGAGAGAAACAGACCUUAAUAGAAGCCAUUUCCGUGCCAAAAAAAAAAAAAAAAAAAAUCAAAUAUCUUAACCCCCCACGAAAUGCAAAACAAGUCUCGCAGGAAACGCGUCCGCCAGAGUAUCGAUCAAUUACCUCCAGAAGGCAGCCUGACAUCGCCCCUACUCCGCCUUCCCGCCGAGCUUCGGCUACGUAUAUACGAACUCCUUCUCGACGUCGGCCAGAUCAGCAUUGACUACCGAGCUUGGACUCCAAACACCAAGGCACGACCGGGUUUUUACUGCAGAACUUUGGCAUCCAAAGCCGAUCCAUGGGCCUUGCCACCGGUGGAUCAUAGAGGAAUCUCCAGGGACCCUGCACUCCGUGGACAAAACACAGCGCCCGAGAGUCGUGUUGCCGACAAGGUCACCCAAACUGGCGCCACCUUGGGGGGCGUGACGCUGCUAUCGGGUGUGUGCCGGCAGCUGUAUCACGAAACGGCCAUCCUUCCCUUCCAGCUCAAUACUUGGUCUUUUCACAGUCCUCGCCUGCUGAACCGAUACCUUAAGGAGCGGAGGAUGACGCUAAAGCAGAGACGGGCCGUCAAGGUCCUUGUUGUCAGGGAGAAGCCUUCAAAGGCCGUAGAAAACAUGUUUGGAGGCCUCCAGGUCGUCGCCUGGCGUGACGAGGCCAAAGGUCGACUAACCCGACGCGCUGUCAAAAGAUGA